GAGGUCUAGUAGUUUGAAAUUUGCGGUGUUUAAAAAUUAAUAACAGAUUAAAAGAUUUAAACAGUCUAAACUUAUUAUUUCAUUAACAAUUCAGAAGUGGGAUUAGUUAGCCCAUGUGUUUUAUACACUAAAUCUACUGAAAGGUAAAAUAAGUGAGGAUUGGAUUUGAGUUCAUUCCAGUCCACUUCCUUAAGCCCUAAAGCUAUUAACAAUGAAUUCUUAUUCGUGUGACCCCAUUAAUGAAAAUACAACACCAAAUGCAACACCACCUUUACCACCCAGACGCAGUAGUAGUAAUACUCACAUCACGGAUAAGCGAAUGUCAUCAAGUAGAAGUAAUCGCAAAGUUUCAUGCUCUCGCAGUAAAUAUAGGAGGACUGCAUCGCGUUCUCCUGCAGAGAGUGAUAAUCGCUCUCAUACGUCGCAAUAUAGUCAUCGUAGAAGCCGUUGUCGGACACCAGUAUCAUCAAGGAAUCGAUACCGAGUCAUGUCUCGGACAUAUAAUAAACGACAAUCACAUGACCGAGGUAGCUUAAGUAGCUCGUCAAAAGGUAGAAAUUUGUUGUCAGAAUCGGGACGAUCGGGAACAGAAUAUACUCAAAGGCAUUCGAGAAAUACUUUGAAGCGAAGUAGAUCAAAUUCUUCAAUUUUAUCCAAAAGCCAUAAUUCUAAAGUACGGUGUCAUGGUUCACGCGAGUCACUUAGUUUAAAGGAAACACCGAAUACAACGCUGCUAGAGCAAUUAGUUAGUGUUCUCAACAAUAAAAUUAAUGCUGGGUCUCCUGGUACUGCCAUACAUAACGCUCAGCACAUGAUAGCAGAAUUCGACCCACAAGCUAAGUCACAGACAAUGAAAGAUUGGCUUUCUAAAAUAAACGAGUCAGCACAUGUGUACGGGUGGUCAGAACGUCAAACGAUAUUCUGUGCUUUGCCUAAGCUGAAAGGUUUAGCCAAACGUUGGUAUGAUGGACUAACAAGCAUUAAAUAUACCUGGUCGGAAUGGCAAGAUAAACUUUUAUCUGCAUUCCCGUGUGAGCAGAACUAUGGGGACUUGUUGUCCGAAAUGUUAAUACGAAAAACAAGACGCAACGAAACAUUGGAAGAGUAUUAUUACGACAAAAUUAUGCUUGUCAACAGAUGCGAACUUAAAGGCAGGCAUGCGGUAGAUUGCUUGACUCACGGAAUAUUUGAUUCAAAUGUGAGAAUGAAUGUGCAAGGAGCCAACCUUCAAGAACCUGAAGAAGUCUUGAAGUACUUUAGAAAUAUAUCGAGUAAGGUUGUAGACACGGUUAAGAGAUACACUCCGAUUAAUCGUGAUAAUACGGACCACAGUCACAUUAAGAAAACUAUGGACUUAAACGUGAGAAGACAAGUUCUGAUAACAUGUUUUAACUGUGGUGAACAAGGUCACACUGUCACAAGAUGUUCCAAGGAGCUUAUUAAAUGUAAAAAGUGUAGACGCUAUGGUCACACAGAAAAAGACUGUAAUGGAUUUACAGAUCCAACCAAAAAAGAUCAAAGAUUAAUCCUAAACACCACGAAUACAACCAAAAGUGUACUAAAGAUUACAAAUAACGACAGCAGAGGCAAUAAAUACUAUAAACAAGUUAAAGUAAAUGGUCAAAUAAUAUCAGGUUUUAUUGACUUUGGUAGUCAGUGCACGUUAUUAAGAAAAGAUUUAGGAUUAAAGUUGAACAUCCCGAUUGAUAACAUCAAUUUACCAAAAUUGAAGGGAUUUGGCAAUGGUAUCUUAAUUCCGUAUGGCCGAAUCAUCAUUCAAGUGGAAUUAGACGGAAUAAAUGAAAGAGUAGAAGCCUAUUUAGUGGAGCCCAAUUUAUUGCCAGCAGAUGUUUUGAUUGGACAAUCCUUCACAGAACUUCCAGAUGUACAAGCGUAUAAAUCUGACACUAAAUUAACAUUUUACAAGAAAUUGGGUACUCAAACUGAAAAACUUCCAAUAGUUAUUAUAGAAAGCGUUUUACUUUCCGGAGUAACAAUUGUUACAUGUGGCACAACAGUUAAAGCAAGCGGUUCUAUUUUCGUUUCUACAGAUCCCUGUUUAAAGAAAGGCAAGGAAUACAUGGUGAUUCCGGGGGUGUAUUCUAUAGAACACGGGAAGGGGACCGUCAUCGUGAUCAGUUUAAAUUCAGAACCAUUUAGUUUGCCACAGGGUACGUUAAUCUCUCGAGCGACAUUCAUUUCAAACGAACUAUUGCCUAAAGUUACAACAGAUGAAACUAUAAUAAAAAAUAUUAGUAGCAUAACAACAAACGACUCGACUAAGACUAUAACUGUCGAUCAGCUUAACGUAGACGAUGGCCUACAAUGUGAAGUAAAAGACAGGCUACUUGAAAUAAUAAAUUCACGACGCGAUUGUUUUGCAUUUUCACUUGAGGAACUGGGACAAACUUCUCACGCUGAAAUGCACAUCAAGCUCAAAGAUGAUGAACCGGUAACCUACAGGCCAUAUCGACUCUCAUUAUCUGAACGCGGGAAACUCAAUGCCAUCAUCAGCGAUAUGUUGACUAAUGGCAUCAUACGAGAGUCAAAAUCUCAGUACGCUAGCCCUAUAAUAUUAGUCGCAAAAAAGAACGGCGAGUCAAGGCUUUGUGUUGACUACAGAGCAUUAAAUAGGAAGACUAUUAGAGAAAAUUUCCCGAUGCCUCUGAUCGAUGAUCAGAUAGAUAGCCUCUCCGGUCAGGUUUUCUUUACGACGCUUGACCUUACUUCUGGAUACCAUCAAGUACCAGUAUCAGAGGAGUCGAAACCACUAACGGCCUUCGUCACUCCAGAUGGGCACUACGAAUACAAUCGUAUGCCAUUUGGGCUGACCAAUGCUCCGGCGGUAUUUCAGAGGCUCAUUUUGAAUCUUCUAAAAAAACGUAAUAUUCCAGGAGUUUUAGCAUACAUGGACGAUAUAAUAAUUGCAUCCAAAACAAUAGACGAAGGAAUGGAAAAGUUGCAAGCCGUACUCGACUUGUUAAAGGAAGCAAACUUGACGUUGAACCUUACGAAAUGUAAUUUCUUUAAAAAAUCAAUUAACUACCUUGGAUUUGAGAUAUCGCACGAAGGUGUAAGGCCAGGUCUUAAAAAGAUUGAAGCUGUUGCUGCCUUUAAGGUGCCCGAAAAUGUACACGAGGUUCGUCAGUUUAUAGGCUUGUCGAGUUUCUUUCGACGUUUUGUACCGGGCUUCGCCUCAAUUGCCAAACCUAUAACCUCUCUUACAAAAGCAAACGCAACAUGGACUUGGGAUAAAGACCAAGUAAAAGCAUUUUCUGAACUUAAAAGAAUAUUAACAACACGCCCAGUAUUAGCCAUUUAUAAUCCCUGCUAUGAGACCGAAUUGCACACUGAUGCUAGUUCCUCCGGACUAGGCGGCAUCUUGCUCCAACGUCAAAGUGCAGCUGCAGCGUUUCGACCUAUAGCAUAUUUUAGCAGGCAGACUACAGCCGAGGAACAACAUUUUCAUUCCUAUGAACUUGAGACGCUGGCCGUUGUCGCAUCGCUUAAUCGAUUCAGAGUUUAUCUCAUUGGCAUUGACUUCAAGGUUGUUACAGAUUGCAAUGCUUUGCGUACAACUUUGACCAAGAGAGACCUUAUACCGAGAAUAGCUCGAUGGUGGCUCUUGGUCCAAGAAUUUUCAUUUUCAAUUGAAUACCGUCCAGGAAAACAAUUAGCUCACGCAGAUGCACUCAGCCGAAACGCACUAUCUUCAGAAAAGGCUAAUGAAUUCUACAGUUCGAAUAGCUUUACUAAUGUGCUACAAAUAGGAGAAGUGCAUUGGUUACAAUCGGUACAGAUGAGUGAUCCCAGACUUUGCCAUAUAAAGGCUGUAUUGGAUGCCAAAAGUCAAGAGGCAAAAGACAUUCAGAAUAACUACGUACUGAAAGAUGGUAAGAUUUAUAGGAGAGUUGAAGGCCAAUUACGAUGGGCGGUACCUAGAGAUGCACGGUGGAAGAUUUGUCAACAGUGCCAUGACGAAGCUGGUCAUUUUUCCUGUGAGAAAACAUUGGAAAAAGUGAAAAGAGAUUACUGGUUUCCUAAAUUGACUCAAUUUGUAAAAAAAUAUGUACGUGCUUGUAUUCCAUGCGCACAUGCCCGACAGCCAGGCGGUAAAAAACAAGGAUUUCUACAUUCCAUACCAAAACCUUGUAACCCUUUUCAAUGCUUACAUAUUGACCAUUUGGGUCCCUUUGUAAAAACCAAACGAGGUAAUAUGUAUAUUCUCGGUAUAAUUGACAGCUUCACAAAGUUUGUGGUAAUAAAAGCGGUCAAAAAUACAAAAAGCAAGACGUCGAUCGACGUUCUUAAGGACGUAUUCGGACUAUUCGGGGUACCGCAAAGCUUGAUAUCUGAUCGGGGAACUAGCUUUACUUCCAAUGAAUUUAAAACAUUCGUUGAAUCAGUAGGACUUAAGCACAUCUUAAACGCAGUGGCUACCCCUCGGGCUAAUGGCCAAAUUGAGCGGUAUAACCCCGCACAAUCCUGGCGUCGAUCACAGCUUUAUGUCAUGGAGAGGAUGAUAGGAAUUGGGACCUUCAUAUUAAUCAGGUGCAAUGGAGUCUCAAUAAUACAGUGAACCAAAGUACUGGCAAAAGUCCUACAGAAAUUAUUUUCGGAAAAAAUACGGUAAAUGCUUCUGAGACUCACCUGCACGAAAUAAUUUCAUCUAAAGAUAUUUCGCCCGAAACUAUACAGAAAAUCAGGAAUGAGGCAAGUGAUAAGUUAGUUAUACAACAAGCGACAAUGAAGGAACGGUUUGAUAAAAAAAGAUGUAAGGCCAAAGUAUACAAGGUCGGGGAUUUAGUAAUGGCACAAAAGAGUACCAGGACACCCGGAGAGAAUCAGAAACUUGUCCCAGCCUUCAGUGGCCCAUAUCGCGUGACAGCAGUGUUGGACCAUGACCGUUAUUUGAUUUGUAGCGUUGAGGGUUACUCAAAAAAAAAGUAUAGUAACGUUUUCCCGGUAGAUAAAUUAAAGCCUUGGGUGACAUUUAAUGAUUCAGAAUCCGAAAGUGAUUACUGCGACAGUAACUAACAAUUAAUCUAAUUAUUCACCCGUACAAAUCGUGUAAUUUUUUGUGUUAUUUAUACUACUGCCCUGUGAUUCUGAUAUAGUGUGCUAUUCAAAUAUACAAAUUUCCUUAAUUCCUUGUCCUGAGUAUUCUUUUCCAACAUCCAGUCCUAAUUGAACUCUAUGAUGCCAACGAGGGUGCAUACAUGGUGCCCUGGCAGUAAAGCAAUGCUGAUAUCCUAGAAGACUGGAGGGAGACCAGAGCACCUUGUGUGUGCACACGGUGCCCAGUAAACAAUGAAAUUUCCUGGAGCGAGGCCGAAGCAUCUUGCGAAUGCAAACGGUGCCAAGACUUGUUGGCUUUUGAUGAUCUGGAGUGAGGCCGAAGCACCUGGUGCGUGCAAGCGGUGCCCAGACUUGUUGAGUUGAAAUGAACUGGAGUGAUGCCGAAACACCCUUUGUGUGCAAGCGGUGCCCAUUCAUAUAAAAUCUCUAGAGAGAGGCCGAAGUACCUUGUGUGUGCAAGCGGUGCCUAGAGAUUACUUAAUUUCGCUGGAGUGAGGCCGAAGCAUACUAUGUAUGCAAGCGGUGCCCAGCCGACCCAAUUUGCUGUACAGAUGCUGUGAACUUCUCGCGAGAAAGGGACGCUGAACAAACUCAAGGCACAUAAUUCCAACAUCUAAACAUUGUACAGAAUGGGGACAUUCUGUGGUGCGGGAUGGCCGACAAAUUAUCAAGCUACCAGUUGUAAUUUUGUAAUUUUUUUUUGCAAUGUGUAAUAUUUCAUUAUAUGAAUGUGUUCCAGUAUAAUAGACAAUUGAUGGUUACAUUUGAUUCCAAUAACAUUUUUUUUAAUAUUAUUUUUUUUCUUGUGUCUGGGACAGCCACCAUUUCAGGAUGGCCGACUGUUAAAAAUAUUAAUUUAAGGUUUUAAUUCUGUCCUUUUUAUUGUUUAAAUAUUGUUAUUUAAAUUACUUGGGAAAAUUUAUAUAAAUCACUAUGGUAUUAAUAGCCUCCUAGGGAGUUGUUUUUAUAUAACUGGCAACUUUUAGAAACAAAACGGAGGUCUAGUAGUUUGAAAUUUGCGGUGUUUAAAAAUUAAUAACAGAUUAAAAGAUUUAAACAGUCU